UCGGUCAAUUCGGCCACUCCAAAAAACGCUAAACCUACAGAUGAAAGAAAUGCGGAGACAUCAUCAAAUUCACCAUCCUUAGACAUGCCAACCGCAAGGCCUAGCACCCCAGAACAUCAAAUUUGUUCCACAUAUGCGAAUUUACUCAGACGGCUAAAUCAAGAAAAACAGCGAGUUGAAUCGAAACUUGAACCCAUCUGUUCAAACAUAAUCGACACAACAAAUAAGCUUUUAAUGGAAAGAUUGAAAAUAAAACGUGGUUAUCUAUGGUCUGAUACUCGCAAUAAUUUACGUAGAAAACUUCAACUUCCGUUUAUCCCACCAGAAGAAACUUAUUCAUUUAGUAAGCAUUAUGAGAUGACUUGGGUCCACCGUUUCGCCGAAAAACUGUUAUCUUUCUUUGAGGCUCCACGUAAUCCACUCCUAGAUAAAAAUUCCGAAGGUUGGUUAAAUUGCCAUAUCUUGACCCCGUUAAUUGAUGACUGCUUUUUAACAUGUGAAGAAAUUCAAGUUCAUCGAGGUGAAAAGAUGUCAUUGGCAUCCAUUGAACGUAAAAACUUAUCAAGAGAAGAAUCGGAAAGAAAACAAUAUGGACACAAAAUUGAUAUUCUCUUUCGCAUCGAUGACACAGAAUAUUUUGGUUCAGAAACGUAUGUUGAUGAAGAUUCACAGAACUCGAAACCCAUUUCAUACAAGCAAAAACUUUUCCGCGAAAUGAAGGAUCAAUUAGACCGUCUCUUAAAGAAGUUAAAAUUUACGAGGGAAACAAUUAAGGAGAUAAAGAAUAUUGCUAUACAUGGAGUAAAUCAAGGAGGUCUUAAUGGAAAGAUCUAUGCAAUGUAUUAUGACACUGAUCUUCAAUAUUAUCUUGUCUUUGAGACAU